GAGAACUUCAGACGAAUUCUGGCGGUCAUACUGGGACUUUGAUGGCCAACCCCUUUCUUGAGGACAAGACCAAGCAAAGGAAGGCUGCAUUGACAAAACACUUGAAGAAAGCAACAUCCCAACCAGUGAUCAUGGCGUGGUAUUCCUGACAACUACUUGCUUCUCGGUUUUGAAACCAUUCCCAAAGACUGGUUUUGCAGAGCACCCCAUACCCCAUCAAAUCAUCUCACUCAUAAGAAAGAAGACAACGAAAAAUGUCACCAUUAAUGUACGCCGGCGUUGACCAUCAGCCCUUGUUGGAUGGUACCAACGAUUACUUUGACGAUGGGCUGGAUGAGGGGAUCAUCAUCCCUCCCGAUCCAUUUGCCACCACCAGCAACGAUGCUAUGCAAGGGAACAGUCAGCUGGACGAAGACGACGAAGGAGACAGUGUGAACGAUUACGAGACAUCGUUGAUACCUUGCAUUGAGAAACUGGGACUAGGGAUUGGCAUUGUGGUUGGAGCUACCGUGCAGCUAGCCACGCUGGCUGGAAAUUUGGUCAAUAUUGCGAUUUGGGGAACCGAAGCCGGGCCUUAUGCCAGCACCACCUUUGUGGUUUGGUGCUGCUGUAUGUCGGCCAUGUUCUUUAUGGCGUAUGUGGCGCUGCGCUGCCUGGUUCAAAUGUCCUUGAAAAUGGUGUACAAGAUGGAAGAAGAAAACCAAGACAAAGACAUACUUGUUGUGGAUGUUCCCAGCGACAAUCCCAUGCCGAGCCCCAGCGCUUUCCCCACGAUUGGUCCAAGUGGCAAUGCUGCCUCCAGAGUCAGCAGCACCAACAACGGCAGUAUCAGAGUUCCCAGAGAUUUCGAUGAUGUCUUGGACGACGUCAUGUGGUUCAUGAAACUUUAUUACGUCUUGGGGGUGAACAUUGGGAUCAGCUUGUCCUGGAUUGUUACCAACCUGGCCCUGGGAGACCAGCGUGUCUCUUUGAUCUUCAGCCUGGCUCCUCCAAUCCUCGGUGUGGUCUGGUUUAAAUGGAUGAAACUGGCUGAUGCAGCUGCAUACAAUAAGCUUCCUCUAUGGCAAGGAGAUGACGUCGGGCACGUGUGAAUGCUUCCAAAAUUUUUCCAAUGACACGCAUGCACCGGGGUAAAUUCAAAUUCCUAAUCUAGCUAUCAUUGGCCUACCUUAGCACACAUUUUUAAAAACCCUUCUAC